AAAAAAGAAAACUUUGUUAGUAUAAAAAUAUACUACCAUACUCUCCUCCAAAAGGAUUUGAGUACGAUGAUAAGAAAUCCUUCACUUCCAACCAUCAGUCCUCCUCUUUAUCACACCAGCAGGCAAGAGUAACCAGAUCUGCCUUUCAAAUUUAACCCUGCCUUCUGCGAGGUUUUUUUUUGUUUAUGUUUUUGUUUAUUCUCUAAGUGUUUAAUUUUAUAUUUUUGAUAGUUGGUUACCGGACAAAUCUUCAAGACUCCUUAUAGGUGAAAUAGAAAAACUAUUUAAAGACUCACCUACUUGGGGCCAGAUGUCACCAAAUCGGCAAAGACAGAUCUAUUAUGCAUUUAAGGAAAAAUGUGUCUGGCGCCCGGAACAUAAGAAGCAGCUAACUCAAAACUUCAAGAAGAAAGCUCAGCGCUUACUAUGUGACAUGUUAGGAAGGGUUCGUGAAUCUCACAAGAAGCCUAAGUGGAUCCUUCCUGAAAACUAUAACAAGCUGCUACAUUAUUGGGCAACUAAUGAAAGAUUCUUACAACUGAGUGACAUAGGGAAGAAGGCUAGAAAUUCGAUGAAGGGUGGCUCCCUACACACUAGUGGGGCAAUGAGUCAAGAGGCUGUGAGGAGGAAGCUGGAAAGUCUACCUUAA